AUGACCCGUGAGGAGAGUUUAUCUGAUUUCGAAGGAGAAAGACUUGUCGUCUCCACUCCUUCCGAUGAUAAGAAGUCGAUCUCGAUUCCCAUUCGAGUUCUUACUCACAACAUUCGUUAUGCAACGGAAUCUCCAUUCAAAGGAGAGGAACUUUGGUCGGUUCGAUGUCCUCGAUUGUGCUCCGAACUAGUGUUUAAUUCCACUAUCCCCGAGACUUUUAUCUGUCUGCAAGAGGUUCUCCACUCUCAACUCAUCGACAUUCACAAUGCCCUGAAUGAAGGUCCUGGAAGUCAGUGGUCUCGUCUUGGAGUUGGGAGAGACGAUGGCAAAGAGGCCGGAGAAUAUUCUCCCAUCUUUUAUCGUCCAGCGGUGUGGCAUCUUGUUCUCUAUAAAACAUUCUGGCUCAGCGAGACUCCAGAGAAGCCUAGCUUUGGUUGGGAUGCCGGUUCUAUCAGAUUACUGACUAUAGGCAUAUUCAUGCAUCGCAAGACAAACGAGAUUGUUAUUAUAAUGAGUACUCACCUGGAUAACGCUGGUUCUAUUUCUCGACAAAAGAGUGCUGAAAUUAUUUUGGAGAAGGUCAAUCAUUACAAAAGUAUUUAUACUCCCGCUGCACUACUGCUUGCUGGGGAUUUCAACAGUCCUCCAGACGAUGGAGCCUACAAGACAAUGACAUCGUCAACUUCAGGUAUGGCAGAUGUUCGAGAUCUUGUCCCUAUGAAGAAACGGUACGGGAAUGAAAUGACGUUUACGUCGUUUGGAUAUGUGGACAACACACCAACUCGAAUCGACUUUAUUUUCUCUGCAAAAGAUACGCCAGUCGAAUACGGAACCUAUGCGGUGUUGAGCAAUCGUUAUGAUGAUGGGGUAUAUCUUUCGGAUCAUAGAGCAGUCGUGGCUGAUAUUGAGGUAUCUACGACUCAACCUGGGCAAUGA